AUGGCAGCUAAUUCUUCUCCGGCGAUCCUCCCCAUCUCCAACCCCCAAUCUGUCCCCGCCACCCCUGCCGACAACCACCAACUAUCUCCCCCCGCCCCUCCCUCCGCCGUACGCGCAUUCUUCUCCGGCAUCUUCUCGACUGUGCGCGGCGGCCUAGCCAACCGCCGCCCCUGGACGGAGCUCCUCGACCGAUCCGCCUUCUCCAAGCCGGAAUCCGUCUCGGAUGCCACCCUCCGCCUCCGUAAGAACUACACCUACUUCCGCACCAAUUACCUCGUUAUCAUAACCGCCGUCCUCGCCGUCUCCCUCCUGACGAAUCCCUUCUCCCUGGUCCUCCUCGCCGGCCUCCUCGCCUCCUGGCUGUUCCUCUACGUCUUCCGCCAGUCGUCAGAUCCGCCGAUCAAUCUCUUCGGCCGUCAAUUCUCCGAUCGCGAGACGCUCCUCUUCUUGAUCUUCUCAACCGUCGUCGUCAUCUUCCUCACCAGCGUCGGAUCCGUUCUCGUGUCUGCCCUCAUGGUCGGAGUCGGUAUUGUCUGCUUGCACGGUGCUUUUAGGGCUCCAGAAGAUCUGUUCCUUGAUGAGCAGGAGCAGCAGGGAGGUGCUCCUGGAUUCCUUUCCCUCUUCACCAAUGGUGCCCCGGUUGUUGCGCAGCCAACCGUAGCUGCUAGGGUUUGA